AUGUCGUCCUCCAGCGAACCCCAUAUUUGCGCGAUAGUACCGCCCUACCUCCUCAAUGCCAUCUCCCAGAGCACCCAGGUCGAUGACCACCACAAGAAGACCGCCCAAUUCUCCCUAGACUUCCACCAGAGCAUCAUCCAGAAGCGAGAGCAGCGACUUGCGGCCCUCACUGCUCCACGUGGGCAGCGUCGUCAGGUCAACUUUCGCCCUAGCAUCGUCCCCGAUUAUCUCCUGAAGAACAUCGUUGACAACAAAGACGUUGACGAGAAGACCAGAGCCUGUGCCAAACGCGACCUUGAGCACAUCCAGAAGGUUCACUCUUCAUACCAGGCCACCCAGGGCGUCGGUGGCUCCGCUGAUGACUCUAAGACCGAAUCCAGCGCCCGCAAGAUCUUCAGCUUCAGGCGUAAGCCCAAGCACAAGGAAGGCCAGACAGGAGAACAAACAGACGCAGACACGUUUUACCGUGCUGUCUAUGACGCCAACCACAGCGAGAAUGAGAAUGCACUCCCAGGCAAGCAGGUUCGUAUUGAGGGGCAGAAAGCGGUCACCGAUGUGAACGUGAACGAGGCCUACGACAACACCGGCCAUGUCCUGGACUUCUACGAGUCCAUCUUCAAUUGGAAGAGUAUCGACAAUGAGAACAUGCACGUUGUGAGCUCUGUGCAUUUCGCUACCAACUAUGAAAACGCCUUCUGGGACCCGGAGAAGAUGCAGAUGGUCUUUGGCGAUGGUGGUGACUUCUUGUACCACUUCACCAAGUGCGUUGAUGUCAUUGGCCAUGAGAUGACACAUGCUGUCACGGAACACACGAGCCCAUUGGACUACCAGGGACAGUCUGGGGCUCUGAACGAGCACAUCUCCGAUGUCUUCGGCAUCAUGAUCAAGCAGAAGGUCGAGAAUGAAGAUGCCGCCAAUGCUGACUGGCUGAUCGGUGAAGGUUGUCUGCUUCCCGACGUCAAGGGUGUGUCUCUCCGCAGCAUGAAGGCGCCCGGAACCGCAUACGACGACCCUCGUUUUGGCAAAGAUCCGCAGCCCGACAACUUCAAGGACUACAAGAUAACCGUUGAGGACAACGGAGGUGUCCAUUUGUACUCUGGCAUCCCGAACAAGGCAUUCUACCUUGCCUCUGUUGCGUUCGGCGGAUACAGCUGGGAGAAGGCUGGCCAAGUAUGGUGGAAGACGAUGAAUUCGGGCCGCAUCCCACCGAAGUGCACAUUCCUUCAAUACGCGGACGUCACUGUCGACAUUGCACAGGAAACAUUUGGCGAUGAUGCUGCAAAGAUUGUUCGGAAUGCGUGGAAUGAAGUUGGCGUGCAGCGCCGUCACUAG